GGGAAACUGUGUGUGGCCAGUCAGUCUGCUCGCAACCCCGUCUUCGAUUGUUCGCGUCCUUUAGGUAUGCGUUGAAUGCCGUUGGUCCGGUCGUGGCGCGCGCGUUUUUAUCCCGCGGAUCCGUCGAAAGCUGCUGUUUGACGUGUGGCGGCAAGAGUGUGGUUGAGGCUGUGGCCCCACACCGGGUGGUUUACAGGGCUUUUUUUUUAGCUUGGGAUCUAUCUGUUUAAGACGGUGGGAAACCGGAAAUAUUCCCACGAUAUUGCGGGAGAUGGUCCAAUGCUAGUGCUGGCUCGUUGUAAGUGAAGAUUCGCGAAAAGGCGUCGUCUUCGUCUUUUCGUGUUGAUGCGGGUAUCGGGUCUUCAUCGUCAUCUCUCUUUCGGCGAAGGAUUCGAAACUCGUCCCUGAAUUGAAUUGUGGGGUGUGUGUUGUUUUGGGGGAAAAGCCCGAAGGAUUGGCUCCGUUUUGUGAGUUUUCCACGGUAAUCAAGGAUGAAGUUGUAUCGCUGAUGUGCUGGUGAAGGUGAAAUUUGUUGGGCAAGGAAUAGAAACCGAAGCUAAGAAUUUCUGCCAUUUCUGGGGGUGUGGGAGUUCCGUCACACUGGGUGUGUUUUUGCUUCGCUUCGUCGUCGUCGUCGUCGUGUUGUGUGGAAGCUGUAAAGGAUAAUCAGCUGAUUGUUGGGAAUUGUGUCAAGAUACAAAAAAGCUGUCAUCCAUCCCGGGUUUACGGGUGCAGUGCUCCAGAUGCCAUUAUGUAAAUGCAAGACAAACUGUCUCCAACUGGUUUCACAACCAGGAAUGUGUAGCGCGAUGUUCCCAGUUUGGAAAUAGUUCAAACAGAACUUUAAUUAAAAGUUCCAACGUUCCGCGGAUUCAAUGCUGGAUUAGUGAGAGCCACGGUAACGAUUCAACAGAGGAUUCGUUCGCAUGUUUCCCAAACCGUGGUGGUGGUGAGCACAAGCAAAAGUUUUCUCCCACACCGGAUCGACCAACUGAAGGUUUCGCGUGCUCCACAUUCUUCGAAUUCCAUCCCACGUGGUGGGGGCGGUAAAUCGAAAAGUUUAAACGAUUCGUGUGCAAGUGGCAUGGUUCUGUGAUUUUCCAUCGUUCCGAAGUGAUUCAUCUAAAGAUUCGCCCGGUAAUCGAAAACUAGUGAGAAGGUGAUUUAUUCCACGCAGCAUUUUCUACCCCUACCAAAGGCAAGGAUUUUAUCCGGGAAAUUGUAGAAUGAUUUAAAUUCCAUCGGUGAAGUCCCGAUGACCUUUCUCGGCUCACGGACACGGAUGCUAACCGAAUUGGACCUUCUUGGGUCAGGAAAAGGAUACCGGCGGCCGUUUUCCUGGAACACACAUAACUAUCUAGCCGGCAGCCUAAUUGGAGAGAAUAAGAUACCACCUGCUGAAACCCAAUGGAGAAGAAACAAGUGAUGAAAACUUGUUCAACAAGAGGAAAAGCUCUGCCGGUUGGCUCGUUUAUUCAUCAAUUACCGGCUUAGUGCUUCGCUGCUUCUACUGCAACUUUUAGCUGAUGAGAAGUGAGAGAGUGAGUGAGCGUCCUUCAGAAGUGUGGUCAUCCGAAGAAAAUUUCCGAAGCACCCCGUAUUUUCCUUCUCUGACCACCGGAAGUGAAGGUAAAAUGAUCAGAUUAAAUUUGAGCCAUUUACCACCACCAUCAUCGGACUGUCGUCGGUGCGAGUUUGAAAAACUUUUCCAAACCACCCCCAUGGGGCAGUUCCAUGUACGGGAACUUUGUCUCUUCAUCAACGACGACGACGACGAUGGCCUGGUAACGGACUGUUGCUGGUAGGCCGCAUCAAUUCUCGGGUCUGGUUCCUAGAGCUAGCUCCGGCUGACGACGGAACCGGAAAUCAAACAUCGAAGCUACUUUCCGGGUAGGCAAACGGAAGCAACUUCAUCUGGGUUCCCGAGCGAGUCGUAUUAAUGUUUGCCGAUUUGAUGAGAAAAAGUGACAAAAAGUGAAGUUGUUAACAUCCGUUCUGACAUUUUAUUUCUCCUCUCGUGGGGGAAUACUCCAAACUCGUGGGUUUUCCAUUCAUCCCCCCUUACCCUCAGAGGCCAAAAACCCAGGCAGGAAGUCAUAUGUGUGUGUGUGUUCGUAUGCGCGUGGGGAAAAAGUUUUAUUUUUCAAAAGUGGAAAAGUGAUUCCUGGAGGCAAACGAGAAGAUAAAUAUCAAUUGUUGGGAAAGUGUCACGGAAGCGUAAAACAACAACAAUAACAACAACGAUAUCAGGAAAAGUUGCUCCUCGUUGAUAAGAUCCCAGGCUCCCCACCCCGUUUUUCCGGGCUAUCUUCAUUGGCACACUUCAUACCAUACAUUGUAUCUCUGCGAAAAGAGGAUGUGGGCGUUCUGAGAUGUGGGUCAUAGGGAUGAAAAUGAAGCUUAUAUGCACAAUUUUCACCAACGAAGGUUCAAAAAGUCCUGGAAUGUUUUUGUUGUUGUUGGGCGACGACUAGAAAACAACGAAGUGAAACAACUUUGCAUCUGAUGUGCUGCUGGGAAAAGGGAAGAAGCUUAUUGGGUUUUAUUGUGUACGAAUGAAAGUUAGGGCACCUUGAUCUUGCUGAUGCUAGUGGCGUCGAUGAUGAUGAUGAUGAUGAUGAUGUGGCUGAAACGACGGGAAAACUUGUCUUCCUGGUGCUCUCCGGGAGGAGCUUUUCUGCUGACCGGGAUUCUGCUGCUGAUGAAUGCAGAGAGUUCCUGCGGCAACAAUAGGAUAGACGAUUAUCAAAGUCAAAAAGGCGAACUAGUUGGAUCUUCUCGGAAAUUUCGGACGGAUUUUCUGCAAGAGUGGCCUACGCCUGGGACGGGGCCGUAUUUCGAUACUGCCUCGAUACCAUCCAACAUCACUGGACUGGUGGAGAAAACGGUGCUACUGAUCUGCAAAGUGAAAAAUCUGGGGAAUCGGACGGUUUCCUGGGUCCGGCAUCGAGACAUCCACCUUCUAACGGUUGGCCGCUACACCUACACUUCCGAUCAGCGCUUCGAGGCGCUCCAUUCACCGCACACCGAAGAGUGGACCCUGCGGAUACGAUACGCCCAGCGAAAAGACUCGGGCGUCUACGAGUGCCAGAUAUCGACGACGCCACCCAUUGGCCACUUCGUCUAUCUAACGGUAGUGGAACCAGUGACAGAGAUUAACGGCGGACCUGAUUUAUUUAUCAAUAAAGGCUCGACGAUAAAUCUCACCUGCAUCGUCCGGUACGCUCCGGAACCUCCGCCGGCCGUCGUCUGGAAGCACAAUCGAGACGAUAUCAACUUCGAUUCUCCCCGGGGUGGCAUUUCGCUCGUCACCGAGAAGGGAAUCAUGACGUCCAGCCGGCUGCUGGUGCAGAAGGCCAUCGCCAGCGAUUCCGGCCUGUACACCUGCGAACCCUCCAACGCGAAUCCGGCCUCGGUGCGGGUGCACAUACUGAAUGGAGAACACCCAGCGGCGAUGCACCACGGAAUGUCAGCGAUGCUGGCCGGGCCCAGCUUAGUGGUGUUGGUGCUGUCCUGUCUGCUGCUCUACUACCAUCACAGCAUCCGGUGGAAGUAUCCGCUGACGUAGUAAUUCCGGAAGCCCGGCUCUCUAUUUAGCAAACUAUUCCUACACACUCUCUCUCGCUCUGUUGCUCUCUCUUGUAGACGAAAGAAAGAUCAACAAUCAAGCAAACAACUCUUUUCAUAACCGGUUCUACAUGUGAAUACACACGAAACACACACACCCGAAAGAAGAAAAAUUUCCCCGGAUCCAUACAGAUAUGCUGCACCUGUUUCGGAAAUAGUUUUGUACAGUUUACCCCUAGAGUAUUAAGCACACAUUUGUAUGGACGGAUCAAAACAAAUCUCAUACGCAAGUCAAAGCGAGAAGCAAAAAUAAAACUUUUAAACUUCACUCUCACAACUGACGAAAAAAAAACCAGCAACUCACCCUCUCUCUGCGCACUUUUUCACAACCACUAGCUGUGUAAUUUCAAGAAAUUACAAAAUCAAACACAAACAAUUCGAAACCAAGAAAAAAAACCAAAUCAGAUCUUCCUGUGAAAUGAGAUCGAAAAAUCCCGGAAUAAAACAAAAGUCGAACGGAUUUCAGCAAAACGGUCCACAUGAAUCCGUGUAUAGUUGUGUCAAAUAAGCAAAAGUGAAAAACAAAUUGAAACACUAGUUUAGGAUAAGCAGAAGACAGUAAGAUAGAUGAGGAACAUAAUUGAAAUUUUUAUACAUGUAGUUGUACAUUACACACAUUCAUUUUUUUCUGGAGUUCAUUCUUCCGUGAAUGAAGCGCAGUUUCGACUGAUUGAGAGGCGAAAUGAUUGUUAAACUUGUUUUUGUAUGAGAGAGUUGAACAAAUAUUGAAAAGUAAAACACAUUUUAGCAUAAAUUAUGAAAUUUCAAGUUUUUCUUUUGAUUUUUAAACUUUAAUAUGUUUGUUUAUUAGGGUGGCAGCGGAAUGGGUCAUGUGGAAUUUGGAACCGACCAUAUGCAUUUUGUAGAUUGGCCCAAAAAACUGAUCUGUGCAAAAUUUCAGCUCAAUCGGACCUGAUUUCGGGGUGCCUUAAAGCGCUCAAAGUUUGUACUCUCAAAAAUCACCAAAGGGGGGACAACAGGAAAUCGGAAUAAAUUAAUUUAAAUUUUGAUAACAAAUGACUAAGAAAUGCAUUAAACGUCUAAAUCUGGAGAAAUCUAAAAAAAAUUGUCAGAAAUCUUCUCAAAUUUUAAAAACCACCCAAGGGGAGACUAAAGGAAAUUCAGAAAAUCGAAAUUUUAUUUUUGAUGCCAAUUCCCUCAGAAAGGCAUAAAAUGAGAUCUGGUGUCAUCUCGAAAAAAAAUUUGACCUAUGAUCGACUUCCUAGGACUUUCUGGGAAAUCCGACUAAGUCCUCGAAAAUUGAUUUUUGCCCAAAUAUUUUUUUUAGAGAUAACACUAGAUCUCGACGUUCCAUGCAAAAUUGAUAUUCCGAAUUUCCGAAUUUCUUUUCUUCACCAAAGGGGGAGGUGAUUUCUGAAAUUUUAAAAUAGAUUUAAAAAAAAUUCAAAUUUCACCUGUUUUGAAUAUUUUUAUAUUUUUUAGUCGUUUGGCGUCAAAAUUAAAGUUUCAAUUUUUCUGAUUACCUUUGGUCCCCCCUUUGGUAUUUUUUUAGGUUAAAAAAACCGAAACUUUGAGCGCAUUGAGGCACCUCUAAUCAAGUACGAUUGAGCUGAAAUUCUGCACCGGUCAGGUCAGUUUUUGGGCCAAUCUACAAAAAUGUUAAUGGUCGAUUUUCAACAUUCGAUCAUGAGUUUUUUUUCCAUGCAUCUAUUGCCACCCUUUGUAUAUCUUUCAAACUUUUAUUAAAAAAAAGACACGUUAUUUUUUUGAAAACAAAAUCCAAUAUUUAAUAAACAAUUUAUUUUGUUCUUUUGUUUCAUUUUCUUAAGAAGUUUGAAUCAGAAUACUUUAAUGCAAAAAGAAUGAAAAUUUUAAUUAUUAACGGAUUCAAGGCAUGGAGAAAAAUUGUUAUGGUUACUUCAAAAAUUUGUAGCAAAUUGUAAAUAUCUCAGCCACUGUGAGCGAAAUGAUAAAUAUUCAUCAAAUUAAAAUUGAGUGCGUGAUUUAAAAGCUGGAAAAAUUUGAAUAGAAGUGGUUGUUUAGCUGUGGAAGUUUCAAGGCAGGAAACCAGCUGAAGAUCAGUUGUUAAAUUCAUUACCAUACGAGACUUGAACGAACGAUCGCUUCUAGAAUGGAAACCCGAAAACAAGUUUUUGAAGAUCAAUCUUCAGAGUAAACUUUCAUUCAUGAUCGCUUGAUGAACACAGCAUAAAAACACCAAACGUUGAAAUCGGGCUUGUGAUAUAGCUCAGUUGGUAAGUCAGUUGCUUUCUGAGCAGAUGUCCGUGAGUUCGAGCCCAAGAGUAAACAUCGAUCACAGUUGUACCGGAUAAGUUUUUCAAUGACUUGUCCGCCAACUUCAUCGUUGAUAUAAGUCGCGAAUGACAUAAAGAUGUUAAAACGACUAUAAUCGAAACAAAAAAAAAAAAAAAAAAAAAAACCAAACGUUGAAUGAAAUGACGACCGUUAGCAAGUCUCCAGUUGGAAAUCCAAACAAUAACGGUUUGGGUCGUAACAUAUCAAACUCUAACAUCUUUUUUUUUUUUUAAUCGAAUGAAUUUGAACCAUUACUUCUUUUUUGGAAAAAAAAAAUAUUUGAAAACAAAAGCCUAAAAUCGAUGAAAGAUUAGAAACGUGAAUCGUAAAAUGUACGCGCGCUUUAUUUAUUGUUAUGUUUUGAAGGCAAAGGUCAGUUUUUGGGUAAAGUCUAAGAAAAGUUUCUCAGAAAAAAAAGCAGUUAUUAUAGAACUUGGAGUUCCGAAUCUCCAGUCAUCGGAAACAUUAGCAGAAAAAAUUAACAGUUGAAAUGUACGAAAAUUUUAAUGAUUUGUUCAAACGGAGAAGGUUGGUGAUUUUAUUACAAGUUGGCAAGGUCUCAGAUUGUGAAAGAUUAUUUGUUUGGAUAAAGUUGAGAGUAAGUUAUUUAAAAAAAAAUGUAUAAAGGUUACUAGUGAAUGGAAAGAUAGAAAAAAAAACGGUAUCAGAAGUCUGUUAGAGCGAUUAAAGAAAAAAAACAUAAGACGUUGAAACGAAGUUUCAAUGAGCAUGUAAAAAAUUGCCACGAGAAUGAAUGGAUAAAAGCUAACAAUAAAAAAAGUAAAUCGUGUAAGGAUAGUGAAAAUGCAAAACAAGAAACGAACAGAUUGUCGGAUGUAAAAUGGUAGCCAGAGAGUGUUAAAGUCGUGAAGCACAUAAAAAACAACAAACCAAAAAAAAGCAAACAAAAUUGAACGUCCCUAAAUGGGACCGAAAAAACCAUUCAACUAUUUGCAGUCGAAUCUUGAAGUUAUACUAACUUUGUAUUUAUACUGUGUAAACGAAAAAUCAAUAAAAAAAUAAAAUUAUAAUUUUA